UCAAAGACACCCAAAUGCUCCUACGCUCGUUCCUCCUUCAGCGAGGAGACAUUUCGGAUUGGCACAUACUGUCAGUGUCAGUGCUCACGUUUAAGAGGGAUCAGGUAGCGGUAAAAUAACUUUAUCGUUGGCGAGUGAGGAGGUGGGUGUUGGUUGGCUUUCUAUACCGUACGUGAACGGUUUGAGAGGGGAUCCAACAGGCUGCUGCGAGGCUAUGCUGGCUCAGCCCUGAACCUGCACAUGGAGGGACGAUCUUGACUCAACCUGCAGUGUUGCCUUAGCAUCUGCACACUGUAACAAACUCAGGCAAGGCAACGAUGAGCUCCUCUCUCCCGAAGAGCGAAUCUACCACUUCUCUGCUAAGAUCGUCGGCUCCCAAUCGCAGGUCCGCGCAUCAUACGGAGCACGGGUCGCGCGGCCACCGCAGUCACCAACAUCGCCCCGCGGGAGGUAGCGGUGUGCCGGAGGAGGCAGACUGGACCGAUGAGUGCGAGGCGAGCGCUCGAAGACCCCUUUGUCAGCCAAGACAUAGCGGUGGCCGAAAUGGAGGUGGUGCGCGGGGACACAAGAGCCAGUCCCACAGACAAAGCAGCCCAAUAGAUGACGGUUACGGAGAGGAAGAAAUGAGACAGCGGGUUGAUCGGAGCGGGCAAGACCAUACCAAGCCGUCCAGGUCCAGACAUCACCACCACCACCACCACCACCACCAUCAUCACGACAGCAGCUCCAGGGGCGACCCGCCGCCGUCACAUCACCACGGCAACACACGGCAGGACCGGAAAACCUUGCCAACCCCGGCGUAUCCCAAGAACCCCGAUGAUGCCGCUUACUUUUUCGAAACUAAGGACAAAAUAAAUCCAGGGUCGUCCUCAAGUUUGAACUCUGACCCACCUGUCUCGACCUCCCCCGUUCCCGUUCCCGUCCCCGCACCCAGCCGCAACUCAAAAAGACACAGCGCAGCUUCAUCCGAGUAUGACUCCAAUCUUCACCCGAUUGUGAAGUCCGUCUUCGGGCAGGACCAGAAGAGAAGCUACAAAGCCGUGCAGGGCGAGGAGGGGGGCUCGGGGGGGGCCUACCACCAGCCCCUGGCCCAGAACGGGGCCCACAUGCACAACGUGCUUGGCCCGGCCUGCAUCUUCUUACGCAAGGGCUUCGCAGAUAACCGGCAGGCUGACAGACAGCUGCGACCAGAGGAGAUGGAUGAGCUGCGCGAGGCUUUUAGGGAGUUUGAUAAGGACAAGGACGGCUUCAUUGGCUGUAAGGACCUGGGGAACUGCAUGAGGACCAUGGGAUACAUGCCCACUGAGAUGGAGCUGAUCGAGCUGAGUCAGCAGAUCAACAUGAACUUGGGAGGACAUGUAGACUUUGAGGACUUUGUGGAGCUGAUGGGGCCUAAACUGCUGGCUGAAACGGCAGACAUGAUUGGAGUGAAGGAGCUAAGGGAUGCUUUCAAAGAGUUUGACACCAACGGCGACGGUCAAAUUAGCACCGCCGAGCUCAGAGAAGCCAUGAAGAAACUUCUAGGCCAACAAGUUGGCCACAGAGAUCUGGAGGACAUCCUGCAGGAUAUUGACCUGAAUGGAGAUGGACAUGUUGACUUUGAAGAGUUUGUGCGGAUGAUGUCUCGCUGAGGGGGGAGGAUGUACCGUCUCGGAAACCGACCACGCCCGCUCCCAACAAGAGAGGAGGGGCAGAGACGGCAGCGAGCCCAGACCUAUUGACCUCCGACCAAGAGGAAACACACGACAUAUCAACCCCGCCCUGUCACUGCCACAUCUUGCAUCGAGCACAGCGGCCGCUGGAUCCACGGUGGACCCCAUGUCCCGACCCCCGUGGCGAUAAUGCUGCUGUCGCUGACGGCAACAGCGUCCCCGUAACGACAUGAUGCUGCUGUCGCUGACAACGCAACAGAUCAACGACACACGCCUCGCACAUUUUAACCUUGUAUAUUUCAAAUAGCGCUGACAACAUUUGUACUGUGUGUGUUUACAGUAGGUAGUAAGAGCGAGGUGCAUUCUUGAGCUAGACUUGCUUGACUCGCGCCCAGUGCCACUGUCGGUCGUGGCAGUAGCAUAGUAAAUGAGACAUUUUUAGCACUUUUUACACAUAGUGUCUGGUCUUUAGCAUAAUGGACACCGUACAUACACUUUUAAAGGCAAUAGAUUAUUUAUUUGACCAUUUUAAAUAUGAACUAUCUGUGUGUGUGGGUGUGCAUCUGUGUGUGUGUGUGUGUGUGUGUGUGUGUGUGUGUGUGUGUGUGUGUGUGCGUGUGUCAGUGUUUACAAGUCUCUUAAUGUCUUAAUCUACUGUGAAGAGUUAAUGUCAAACCUAAGGCAUAUAGCCAGUUUUUCUCAGUUUGAAUUAAAUGUUGUCUAUUUGCACUAAUGCACUUCUUCGCAUUUAUAUAAUCAUCAACACAUAUCAAGCAAGAGUCUAUGAUGAGCAUACAAAAGGGAGAUUAAUUUGAGUUUUUUCAAGGUUUCCUUGAACGAAGGGCAUCUAGGCUAUAGGAGAAUUGUAGACUCAUAGAUCAGAUGAAGAGACAAAACAUGUACUUCUGAUUAAUGUCAUUCCUUGUUUUCAACAUUUUCCUGCAUGUAAACUAAGAAUGCAUAUAUGAUUUUAGAGCAGUUACCAUCCACAUAGGAAAGGAAUGGUGCACAAAUGAGGCGGGGAAACGGAACAUUUGAACCUGUGUGAGAUGUCUUAUUUGUCAGAGGGAUAGGCCUUCUGUGUUUAUUGAUGUGUUUUACGUGUUUUUGUGAGUGUUUGCUCUAAACUGUCUUAAUUGUACGUUGAUUUGUAUUUCAUGUGUGAUUCUAUGCAUGCCAAAAACUGAAUUACAACCAUUUGUAGCAGGUGAGUAGAUAAGGAAUAAAGAAUUUUAUUGCGACACAAACAUUUUGUUU